AUGUCUUCUGAGAAGGAUGCUCUACAACGGCCGCAGGAAAAAACGGGUAGGGAAGAUGUUAAGCCGGAGCCUUUACUGGAUUCUCCCUUGCCCGCUCAUCCAAGAGAGACUGAGAAGGACCAACAGUGGCUAAGUGAGUCACCGAAGCAUGAGAAUGAAGAUGUGUACUCAGUGUUUACGCGGGGGCAAAAGAAUUUCAUUGUGAUAAUGUCCGGUUUGGGCGGCUUUUUCUCCCCUCUAUCAGCCAACACAUACCUGCCUGCCAUUCCGAUGCUUUCCAAGGACUUGAAUGUCUCAUGGACACUGAUAAAUUUGACCAUCACGGCAUUUAUGAUCUUUCAGGGUCUGGCACCUUCUGUAUAUGGAGACUUGGCCGAUAUGAUGGGUCGUCGACCUGCAUACUUGAUUGCUUUCAUCGUGUACAUCGCAGCGAACAUUGGUUUAGGACUACAGACAUCCUAUCCAGCCCUAUUUAUACUUCGAUGUCUCCAAAGCGCCGGUAGCGGGGGUCUUUAUUCUCUAAACAGCGGUGUCGUAGCUGACAUUUCGACAACUGCCGAGCGAGGGAAGUACAUGGGAAUGGCGCAGAGUGGUAUAAUGCUGGGACCCGCGAUUGGCCCUAUUAUCGGUGGUUUACUAGCCCAAUAUCAGGGCUGGAGAUCAAUUUUCUGGUUUCUCGUGAUCUUCGGCGGGGUUUACAUUAUCGUACUAGGGCUGGCCUUCCCUGAGACAGCUCGCAAGGUCGUCGGCAACGGCUCCCUGCCUCCUACAGCAUGGUGGAGCCGAUCACUCGUUGGGGAGUGGGCACGUCGAAAACAAGAGAAAGCUAAUCCUAGCUUACGCGAUGGGAAAAAGUCAGAGUCUCAGAAUCUGGCUCAGAAGCGCAUACUGCGAUGGCCUAACCCGCUGAAGACGCUUUUGAUCAUUGUCGAGAAAGAUGUGUCAGUCAUUCUUUUCUACAACGCCAUCAUCUAUGCGUCAUGGUACACAGUGACGGCCAGUUUAGCAACACAAUUUACAGUCGUGUACGGACUUGAUACGCUUCAAGUAGGACUGUGCUAUGUCCCAUUCGGACUCGGUGCAGCGGUAUCCAUUUUUGUCAAUGGCAAGCUUCUUGACUGGAACUAUCGUCGGGUGGCCCUGGCCAACGGUUGCACUGUCGAUAAGAAGAAAGGAGACGACUUGGCUAAAUUCCCCAUCGAGCACGCCCGGCUCGCCAUUGUCUGGCCGUUGGUGUAUGUCGGCUGCAUCGUGAUGAUUGGGUACGGGUGGACGCUCGAAAAGCACACCCAUAUCGCGGCGCCCCUAAUUCUAACCUUCGUCAUGGCACUGACCAUGACAGCGUGCUACAACAGCAUGAACAUUUUGCUCGUCGAUCUCUACCCGCAAUCACCGUCGACUGCAUCGGCUGCUAACAACCUGACACGUUGUCUGAUGGGAGCUGGAGGCUCUGCCUUGAUCAAUCCUAUGAUCAAUGGUAUCGGCUCCGGUUGGUCCUUCACCAUCGUGGGGCUGGUGGUUACCGUUUUGAGUCCGAUGCUUUAUGUGGUAACUCAAUGGGGCCCAAAAUGGAGAGAAGAGCGGCGUCUUCGAUUUGCAGAAAAGAAACGCCGGCAGGAAGCAAGUAAAAGCAAGGUGUAA